AAAAAGUUUGAGAACCACUGUUAAACAGAAAUACUGUCAAGCGUUCAAGUGGCCGUUUAUUUCCGGUCCUCCACCUGAAGGUGGCGAUGUUUUGUCGCGUAACCAUUUUCACUCUCCGUGUUUCCGGUACACGAUGGAGUCGCUUCCUCUUUCCACAACUCCAACGACAGAUCCUUCGUAGAAGUCAUCUGUACUUUUUUUUCUCGUUUUGGUCGAAGAGUCAUCUGCAAACAUGAAACUUGUGCGAUUUCUGAUGAAGCUGAGCCACGAAACGGUCACUAUUGAGCUGAAGAACGGCACCCAAGUCCACGGCACCAUUACAGGCGUGGAUGUCAGUAUGAACACGCACCUCAAAGCUGUGAAGAUGACGCUGAAGAACCGGGAACCCACGCAGCUCGAAUCCCUGAGUAUUCGCGGCAACAACAUCCGCUACUUCAUCCUGCCUGACAGCCUGCCGUUGGACACGCUGCUAGUGGACAUUGAGCCAAAAAUCAAGUCGAAGAAAAGGGAAGCAGUGGCUGGCCGAGGGCGGGGCAGGGGCAGAGGGCGAGGCAGGGGCAGAGGGCGGGGGCGCGGGGGACCACGGCGAUGAGGUCCAGUUCACUUUGCUGUCCACACCAGCUUUGUCUCACUGUACAGUUAUUGUUUUUUUUUUUGUAAUUUUGCCAUGAAACCUUUGCUGAUUUUAAAGUCCCUCCCCCAUCCUGUUUUUAUAUAAUAAACAAUUUUCUUCACAAAAUGA